AUGUCUCGCACUUCCAAAGAGGGCGGGAACGCCAAUCCUGAAAUGCAACUCGACCCUAAGUACGAUGAUUAUGACUAUCCCACCACGUCGCCUGAGUCCGGGUCGGGUCAUCCGGGCCACACAACGCAAGAGCAAGAUGCCCAGGUCUUCCAGUUGCGGAGCCUGCUCGAGCAGGCGGGCUACACGGAGAGACUGGACACUCUGACUCUACUACGAUUCCUGCGCGCGCGCAAGUUCAACGUUGAGCUGGCCAAGCAGAUGUUCGUCAACAACGAGGAAUGGCGCAAGAAGUUCGGAGAUGGAGAAAAGACCGGGGUGGACGAGCUUGUCCGAACCUUUGAUUACAAAGAGAAACCUGAGGUCAUGAAGAUCUACCCGCAAUACUACCACAAGACCGACAAGGACGGCCGACCAGUGUACAUUGAGCAGUACGGCGGAAUAGACCUCAACGCCAUGUACAAGAUUACUUCGCAAGAACGUAUGCUGGCGAACCUGGUCGUUGAAUACGAGAAGGUGGCCGACCCGCGUCUGCCUGCCUGCUCCCGCAAGGCCGGUAAGCUACUGGAGACCUGCUGCACCAUCAUGGACAUGAAGAAUGUCGGCGUCGGCAAGAUUUCCAGCGUCUACGGCUAUGUCAAGCAGACCUCCGCCAUCUCACAGGAUCAUUACCCGGAGCGUCUCGGCAAGAUGUAUAUCAUCAACACGCCUUGGGGUUUCUCAACGGCUUUCAACUUCAUCAAGGGGUUCCUAGAUCCGGUGACGGUCGCCAAGAUUCAUGUCCUCGGCAGCGGCUAUCAGCAAGAGCUCCUCAAGCAGAUCCCAGCUGAGAAUCUGCCGAAGCAAUUUGGAGGCUCGUGCGAGUGUCAGGGCGGGUGCGAGUUUAGCGAUGACGGACCCUGGCACGAUCCCAAGUUUGCGAGACCACCCAAGUGGGCUCAAAAGUCUGAUGCUGCUGCUCCCGCUGCCGAGGAUACUAAGCCCGCUGAGGAGGCGAAGGCCUAG